UUGUCCGUCGCAACGGAACCUUAAAGAUGCUUACCGCAGUCGUCGUGGUAGCGGUCUUCAGCCUGCCAGCGACAUUGUCCGCUGCGCACGGGAAUUGUAGCUAUCUCCUGACCAACUCCAGCGACUUCAUCGACAGCAACGACUACAUGGGCCCAGAUCCGGGGGAAAACGAAUGUUUCUUCCAGAUUCAGAAACCCUCAGGGUUGUCCAAAGACUGGUCGGUCCAGCUGAGUUUCAGUGAAUUGGACAUGGAGAAAUGCGCUGAAUGUUCUUGCGGGUACCUGCGGUUCGUCAACGGCCACGUGACACACGACAUGAUCUGCGACGUCGCCGCUGUGUCGCUAGGGUACGUCUACAACAUAUUCAUGGGCAACGAGGUGUCCUUGACCUUCAUGUUCCGGUCCGAGGGGCUGCCAACACAACAUCACAAGGGGUUCGCCCUCAAGUACCACGUGACCCCGGGCAGGGGCGCCCUUUGCGAGGGGGAUGUCUGCCAGUGCGACGAUGACGUCAUCCCUGACUUUAUGGGGUGCUGCGCGUGUAACGGGAACCAUUCCGGGAAUGGUUCGGAGCCUAUUCCAGUUCAGAAAUCUUGCAGCAGGAUUUACGACAACAACGCCGAACCGGACGGCGUCAUCUCCAAUCUCCAGGGCAACAGCACCUUCGUCAACGAAAGUGAAUGCUACUACACCAUCAAGAUGCCCAACAUCUCCUACUACCACGGGCCCUGGACUGUCAACAUCAGGUUUCUACGCUUAGAUAUGGAAGGGUGUGGCAGCACGUGCGGGUGUGGCUACCUGGAAUUCUUGAACGGCGAGGUGGACGUCCGUAGACUGUGCGACUUCUCUUACGUCGAUCUGAACCACACCUACAGCGUGAACGUCGGGUAUGACACUGAUCUCAAGCUCUACUACCACGCCGACCCUAACUACGGGAUAACUGGAUUCGAACUCGACUAUGAGGUGUUGGUCGGCCACGCUAACCCUUGCGCCAACGACUCCUGUGACAACUGCUACUACAACCAAAGCAUCGACUUCCUGGGAUGCUGCCGCUGUGCCAGCUACGACAUCUCCACCGCCCACAUCGUGCCACCGACAUCGCCGACACCAAGCAACCGAACCACCGCGUUACUUGAUCUUCUCUACGGCAUCGUCAACAACGUGAUAAGGAUCGAGGAUGAUCUAAGGAGGGUCCGAUACGACGUGUGGAAAGCCUACUACCUCGCUUCAAGCUUAAACAUCACACGGGAGGACGACGGCGGUUAUUAAGCCCGGAGGGAGUGGGCGGCCUAUGUUUCCACUGGAAGCAUGAAGAUGUCGCCGUGAUGUAAAUCUUCACUCCACAGCAUCGUAAUAAAUGUUUGCACACAG